AUGCCUAUCUCGUUAUGGGAUAUGACUAUUUUCAACCCAGCGUACAGGUUGAUCUGCUAUGCCGACUCCCACAUCAUGGUGCCAAAUGCUAGAAUAGUGGCAAAUACUAGCUGCACACUAUCCAGCCGCGAGCCAACGUCAACGCAUGAGGAGGCUCAGACGACAACAGCUGCGGUGCAGAACCCGGGUGGAGUCAACUCCUCCGACGCACUCACACGCUCCGCGGAACUGAAGGAAAGUGAAGUUCAGGAAAUCCAAAGCUCAAACAGGCUCAAGACCACAAUCAAGGGCAACCUUGCGAUAAUCCCGGAUAUUGAAACGCUGGGCGAACACCUGCGACCGUAA